AGAGCCUUCAUUUGUUUACCUUACCGAUGUUUACCUUUGAGCGACAACCCCAUGGCAAACACUGAGAUGAGAUGGUGCUACCUGACGGCGAUCAUCCUGGUCAUUCUCUGCAGCAAACACAUGUCCCGGGCAGUGGCGCAGGGCAUGCCGGUUAGCCCCUGCCCGAAGAUCUUUCAGUACCGAUACGACGGCAGUGAGUGGUUUGGUCUAAUGGCCGUCCGCAGUCCCGACGCCCGCCAGAUGCCACUCCACAUCCGUGUCACGCUCUCGAUGCGGGGCAAGCCCACCACGAACUAUCUGGGAGAGAUCGAGCUGCUCACCCGCGGACAGUUUAGCAACAAGGCGCCGGUACUGUAUAAGAUUCGAUUUCCCAAGCAUCACUAUCCACCCAAGGUGCUGCUCAUCUCGGCCAACAAUCAGGUGAUCUGCUUUGGAACUGGCGAGCAGAGCAUCUUCAUGACCCAAAUUCAGCUGGAGCAUAUCCGGAAGCUAACCUUUAUUCCGGAUAAAAAGAGCUCCGGCUCACUGCUGCUGGACCUGGGCAUGGACGCCGAUGAUGCCGAGAAGGCUGCCGAGGAGACGUUCGUAAAGCCCCCCCAAGCACACACGCCGCACAUCCAGUUCAAGAAAAAGCCCUUCACCCACCAUUUGCCCAAGGACAUCUGUGGCCGCAUCGAUCGCGCUCUUGAUUUUCGAUUGCCCCAGCAGGUGAGACAGAGCUCCGAGCUUGGUUCAAGGAGCUCUGAUGAUGCAAUUACAUCGCCAGUUUUUGCCGAUUACGAUGAUGAUGGAAUGGAGCAUAUUGGAGAAGAGGACGAAGAGGAUUUGGUGAAAACUGGAGAGGAGGAAGGAGAAGCCGAAGGCAACUCUCAAAGCAACCUGCCAUCGAUAACACGAGGAUCUUGGCCUUGGCUGGCGGCCAUCUAUGUGAACAACCUGACCUCUUUGGACUUUCAGUGCGGUGGAACUUUAAUCUCGGCACGAGCUGUCAUCAGUUCGGCGCACUGCUUCCGGCUGUUCAACAUGCGCUACACGUCCAACGAGGUGCUCGUCUUUCUGGGACGGCACAAUCUCAAAAACUGGAACGAGGAGGGUUCAUUGGCGGCACCAGUCGAUGGCAUAUACAUCCAUCCCGACUAUAACAGUCAGUUGAGCAGCUACGAUGCAGAUAUUGCAGUGAUUAUGCUCAAGGACGAAGUUCGGUUCAAUACCUUCAUUCGUCCAGCUUGUCUGUGGUCUGGGUCCAGCAAGGCGGAAUAUAUUUUAGGCGAACAUGGCGUCGUCAUCGGCUGGAGCUUUGACAGAUCAAACGCAUCCCAGGCUCAUCAGCAGCUGCACAAAGCGACAGCUGUGGUUGUGACUCCCGGCAAGAAGGCAACAGAUACCACCAGCACACCUAAGGUGGUAAAUGCCCCAGUCGUCGGCAAUGCAGAGUGCUUUCGAGCCAAUGACCACUUUCGUAGCUUGUCCUCGAAUCGCACCUUCUGUGCCGGCAUCCAGAUAGAGGCGCGGGAUACGCAUCCGGGGGGCAGUGCCAGUCCUAGUCUAUUUACGGGCAUUUCGGGUGCCGGUCUCCUAAUCCUAAAGAACAAUCGCUGGAUGCUGCGUGGGACUGUGUCGGCUACUCUGCCUGCCGCUGAGUUGUCCUCGUCGGCAACGGAAACGAAUCCCAGGCAGCAGCACUGUUGCCGGAAUCAGUACAUGAUUUAUGCGGAUGUGGCCAAGUUUCUCGAUUGGAUUACGGCCUUUAUCAUUUAGCUGACCAGCCAGCACACACACACACACACUAAACACUGUGAUAGCCCCAGGGGCCUAGCGAUAUGGGAGGCCAGAGUGAGAGAAGAAAGAUGAUGGUGCGGCGUUCCCUCCAGCCAAGUAUUCGGAGUCUUGGGAACCACUAAUUGCUUAGUAUUAUUUACUAUAUUAAGUAAUAUUCCUUUAGUAUA